AUGGAUGAAUGCACCGAAACAGUCAUGGAGGAAAGACAGGAAAAGGAGACAAAAUGCAACCUUCGAGACGCCAUCUCUCGAAGAUAUCAGAUCUGCUUCAUAAGUAUGACUGGCUGUAUGUUCGUCUUAGCUAUGAGGGCAAAUUUAGGUUUCGCCAUCGUCUGUAUGGUGAUCCCAUCCAAUGCCACAAGCUUAAUUAGGGAACCAAACCUUUCUCAGUAUUCUCCGUGGAUCGGAAACGAUUCCGCUUUUGUGCCGAUUAACUUCUCGAUCGUGGAGAAUUACCGGAUGUGUGGUUCGGAAGCGAUGUCUGCAAAAUCCUUGAUUGGUCAGGGUGGAGAAUUUACGUGGGAUCGGUCCCUUCAGUCCAAGCUUCUGGCCUCAUUUUAUUUCGGUUACAUCGUCACUCAGAUUCCUGGGGGCUGGCUGGCACGACGGUACGGCUCACGUGACGUCAUAGGCUACAGCUUUAUUCUGCUGGUCGUGGCCACCAUCUUGUUUCCAGUGGCGUCACGUGCUCACACGUACCUUUCAUUUGCACUAAGAGUUGUGGCGGGUCUCGCAUCGGGCAUGGUUUUCCCUGCUAUGUCCUGUCUGUGGGGACGCUGGGCACCGCCCCUAGAGAGGUCCAAGCUGUUUGCCAUUCAGCAGUUAGGUACGUUCAGGCAUUCCUCUUGGCAGCGUACUGGCCCUAUUCAUCUCCGGAUUCUGUGUGACUACGGCUUCGAUAACGGCUGGGGAUCAAUAUUCUACGUUAUCGGUCUGUGUGGGUUAGCCUGGGUUGUAUCCUGGUUCCUGGUAGUGCACGAUUCUCCAUCACGUCAUCCUAAAAUAUCAGACCAGGAACGGCAGUUUAUUGAACGAGCGAUUGGGGACAGAGAAGCGGCCUGGAGUAAAGAUGUGAAGACGCCCUGGCGGAAGCUGCUGACGUCAUCAGCCGUGUGGGCGGGAGUCGUGGCACACACGGGCACAAACUGGACAGUGGCCACUCUACUGACUGGUCUGCCCACAUACAUGAAGGAAGUCCUCGCCUUUGACAUCAAACAGAAUGGCGUCUUGUCGGCCGUUCCAGCCCUCUGCGGCGUUUCCGCCAUUCCUCUGAUUGGCUACUCGGCUGACGCUCUUCAGGAACGAAACCUGUUAAGCACUCAAAACACCAGACGACUGUUCGAGUCCAUUUCUGGUAUUGGCGGUGCCCUGUUCAUGAUGCUGACUGGGUUUGUUACCUGUGAAAACAGGCUUCUAGCUGUCGUGUAUCUGUCCCUGGGGACCGUUUGUCUAGACGCUGUCAAAGCUGGACAGGGUCCUAACUCCUUAGACAUAGCUCCUAGGUUCUCUGGCGAAAUCUGGGGUCUGUCCAACACCGUGGCUACAAUGCCCGGAAUGAUAGCUCCUAUUGUCAACGGCGUGCUGACACCGAAUGGAACGCAAGAAGAAUGGCAGACAGUCUUUUAUCUUUGUGCUGGAUUUUCUCUCCUCAAGACCGUCGUAUUUGUCAUAUUCGUCAAAGGUCACGUGCUGCCAUGGGCAACCGGAAACGUUUCCGUGGGAACGGAGAUAGCCUCACCCAUGUUAACAGAAGUGGCAUUGAGGACGUCUGUGGUUACAGCGUGACGAUAACGAUUCAGAUAAAGUAUACACCGGUACCUGUAUUACAUAACUACCCUUGCCAGAGAAAUGGACUUUUCAAGAUUUAGUCUCAUUUAUUGAACAUUCCUCUAGUGAUAUCCAC